AUGGAGCAUUUACUUUUUGAGUAUGCAGGAGGAUAUGGGUUGUUUGAGCUAACGGCAUAUGAAGAUAUGUCUAAGUCGUCGUAUGAGGAUUAUAUGAAGCUUAACCAAGUGAUAAGAUAUAAGUCUGGCAUGAGUUUUGAUGGAGUAGGAGAUGCGCUUGAACACAUGAAGAGUCUUUCGAAGGGAGAGAUACACACGAAGCUGAAGAAUUUUCUUGAGCUGAACAAUGUGAAAGUGGUUCAUUGUGAUGUAUCACUGAAGAAAUGUCUUUAUGCGAUUGGAAUUAAGCAUAAAAGCAGCGAGAACAUUAUGCGAGGAGUCAGGAUGAUGUAUCCGAAGCUGAUGAGAUUGGAUGGAUAUGAUGGAAGGCAGAUGGAGCUUGGGCUUUCGCAUGGAUAUUCAAGGGAGAAGGUUGAGUACAAUGUGAAGAGAGAAGAUUGUAUUGUUAUGCAUACCGUGAUGCUGCUUGAGCAGGUUGACAAGGACAUAAAUUCGUAUUCGAUGAGGAUUCGAGAGAUGUAUGGAUGGGUGUUUCCUGAGCUUGGGAGGAAAUUGAAGGAGAAUGGAGAGUAUGUGAAAGCAGUCAAGUGGAUGAUAAUGAAGGAGAAGGGUGAAUUGAAGAGCGAAGAGAUAUAUAAUCAGAAGAUUGAGGAGAUUGCAAAGAUGAAGGAAACAAGUAUUGGGAUGAAUAUAUUGCCUGAUGAUUUGGAAAAUAUGAGGAAAUUGAUUGAGGUAGUUGAAGAGAAGAUUGAUAUAAGAAGGGAGUUGGAUGAGUAUCUUGGGAGAAAGAUGAGUGUGGUUGCGCCGAAUCUUGCGGCGAUUCUUGGAAACUGCCUGAGUGCACGGAUGAUAUGUCAGGCUGGAGGGUUAUUUAAUCUUGGAAAGGCACCAGCAUCUACAUUGCAGCUUUUUGGGGCUGAGAAGUCACUGUUUCGAUCAUUGAAGAUGAAAUCAAGAACACCGAAGUAUGGCCUUAUAUAUGGAGCAGGAUGCCUGUCGAGGAUGAAAGAAAAGGACAAGGGAAGGAUGAGCAGGUAUAUUGCGACAAAGUGCUCGAUAGCUGCAAAGAUAGAUUGUUUUAACAAGGAGAGGACGUCUAUGUAUGGCAAGGAACUGAAGGAGUUGAUUGAUAAGAAGAUACAAUCUUUGUAUUCUAAGGAUGAUGUGAAGAUUGAGGAGACGGUUGAUGUAGUUCAGAGGGUUUUUGAUAAGAUUAAUGGAAAGAAAAAGAGCAAGGACGAGGUUGAGAAUGAGAAUGAAAGUGUGCAAAACAAACCGAAACGGAAGUGCUUGAAGGAUGAUUGUGAGGAUGUUUUUAGAUUUGGGAAAAAAGAUGUGAAAAAGGGCAGUAAAGAUGGAAAGAGAGUAAGUUUUGAUCUGACAAGGAAUGCAGUCAAAGAAACCAGCCGAGAUACAUCGAAAUUUAAAAAGAGAAAUUGA